CGGAGGCCCGGUGCCUUUGCGGGUCCCCUCGGAGGGCUCCUCCACCACGCGCCCCCCAGAGGAAGUUCCCCAGCCCUCCGCGUCCCGGCCCUGGGAGGAUGGGGCUGGUGCGCAGGGAGCCCCGACCUUACCCGGGCUACUAGGGGAGGGGGCGCCCCCCUUACUCUGCCGGGAGCGUGGACUCCUCUAGUGGGGUCCCCAAAGGAAGGGACCCGAAGGAGCCUGGGGAGGAGGCUGGGGACCACCAUCCUGGGGCCAAAUAAACACCGUGUUUGAGGCUUACGUGCAGGGUGGAGUGGGGGUGGCAGACCAACACACAACCGCCCCAGGGGCCCCUCAAGUUGUGCCGGCUGCCAUCCAACUGGCUAGGGUGUGGAGAGGUGUGAGGGACCUGGGUUUGCCACAGGAACACCCUCCUGGUCAGUCUUGGUCACAUAGUCCCAUUUUAUUUACACGCUGCCCCACCUGUCUGGUUCCUUCAGGUUGAAGUUGGGAAUGUCAAUGGCUUUUGCCCGGUUUUUUAGAGCCGCACUGUCCAAUAGAACUUUCUGGGAUGAUGUAAAUGUUCUCUAUCUGGGCUGUCCAGUACAAUAGCUACUAGCCACGUGUGGCUGGCUAUUGGGAACUUGAAAUGUGGCUAGUGCGACUGAGGAACUGAAUUUUAAAAUUUGUAUUUAAUUCUGAUGAAUGUAAAAAGCCACAUGUUGCUAAUGGCUACCGUAUCGGACAGUGCAGUUUCAGAAUCUCCAUCUUCCCAUGCAUCUUCCUUACCUACUCUUUUGUUCUUUUAUCAAAAUCAUCUUAGGUCUCAUAGUCAUUUUAUCCCUCUGCAGAAUGGAGCAGGAUAGCCAGCUUCUAGGGACGUGAAAAUGAUCUGACAAACUUCCAGAAGGGUAUCACCUCGGCCUUGCACCUCCUCCCCAUUCUAAGAUCCUUUGGGUGGUGAGCUGGACAAGGUCACAGAAUCAUGGGAUCUUGGGAGGAAAGGAUGUCAAAGGCAGCUAAUGAAGCCUCCCAGUCAGUGCCCAAGGGCCCAUCCAUCGCUGUCUCUGCCUGAGGGCUCGUGCUUCCUUACCCAUUCACUCCCCGAAUUUUGUGGAGCACUUGAUGAGUGCCAGGUACUGUUCCCUUCUCUGAGGUUCAGACAUGAACAAGUUGGUUACCUUUCCUGCCCUCAGGGAAUUUGUGUGUGUGUGUGUGUGUGUGUGAGAGAGAGAGAGAGCACAAACCAGCCAAGCAAUAGAACCAGAGGGGAAGUGGAAUAGGUAAAGUGUUGGGAGGAAGGGUGGGAACAUUAUGGAAGAAAGCAAAGCAUUUGCAAAGGCCCUGGGGAUGGGAACUUGGCACUCUGGAGGAACUGAAAGAAGGCUGGUAUAGCUGGAGGAGGAGGGAGGCACAAGUGGCCACCAGAGAGGUCAGCAAUGCCUGGGCAUUUGGCUGACCUUGAAAGGGAUUUUGGUGCUGGCCUCAGAGCAGUGGGCAGUCAUGGAAGGGUUUUAAGCAGUAUGUUUUAACAUGCCCCCUGGCUGCUGGGGGUCCAAAUGGCUAAGGGAGGGGUAAGAGUGGAAACCCGGAGUGCCGUCAGGAAGUGACUGCCAUAGUCCAAGCAAGAUGAAGGCCUGGACGAGGAUGGUGGCAGCGGCGUAGAGAGAAGAGAUAAGGUAUAGGUAGAUUGUGGGAGCGGAAUCGACAGGCCAUGUGGAUGGACCGGGUCCUGGAUGUGGGAGAGAGCAGGGUUGGAGGGGCAGGUUUCUGGCCUGGGUACCUGAGUGGGAGGAUAGACCAUUUCCUGAGCUGGGGUCAACCAGGAGAGGAACAUAUUUUAUAGGGACAGGUCAAGGAGAGUUCUGUUUAGACAAGCCAGGAAGUCAGUUGGAUGGAGAGGUGUGGCCCAGGCUGGGUUGUAUAUUUCAGAGUGGCCAGCAGAGAUGGUUCUGAACCUUUGAACAGUUUGAGUUUGGGAAGAGGAGAAGGAGAUGACAACAGAGGAGAGGCUGAUGAGGGGAAGGAAAACCAGGGAUGAUGUGGGGUCUUGGAAGGCAGGAGAGAAGUGUGUUCCAAGGAGGGCGUGCUGAAUGCCACUGGAGGCAUUUGGCGUGUGUGUUCCAAAUGCCACUCUGAGUCCAGGGGAAGAGGACCAAUGAGUUUCACCUGCAUCUGGCAACACAGAGUGCCUUUCCUUGCACUGAAUGGGCUGCCCUGGGAGUCUACUCAUCUGCCCCUACUUUACCUACCCACUAGGUGCCAGGUUCCACGCAGGGUGCCACGUCAGGUGGACAAGACAGUCACUGCUUUCUCAGAGUUUAGAAUCAUCUAACCAACAGCCUCAGAAGCAGGAAGCUCUUUCAUAUAGCCCAAAUAAAUCCUUUCAUUCUUUUAAGCAACCAGCUUCUUUGGAGAAGCACCUGCAUGCCUCUCCAAAGGCCCUGUACAGGGACUUAGAUACAAAAAUGAACAAAUGCGAUCUUGGCCAAGUGCAGGAUCCAAGGAACCAAGUGCAGAGAUACAUAGAGAAUCCCUGAGUUCACCACACUGUAUCACAGGGACACAGGCACGGGGAAUCAAGGGAGACUAGAGGACAGGUACCAGUCCAGGUUGGGGGGAUCAGGGUGGCAGAGAGGAUGCGUGAGCUGCUCUCCAAGAAUGAAUGGGAAUUACCAGGGAAAGAGGAGGGAGAGGGAAUUCCUGGCCCAGAGGAUGAAGGCAGGAGCAAAAGUAACAGCAAUGUGAGGGAUGGUAAGCCUGUGGAGGUGGCAGGCAGACAGGAGUGGCAGGAGGCUCUGGAGGGGUCCAGAGGCUUAGAGGGCUCGCUGGCUCAUGGUGAGGUGUGUAGACUUAGGCAACGGGACACACUGAAGAGCUGGAAGCAAGGGAGUGUCAUAGUUGGAUCUGUGUGUGGCCUUGCUCUCUGGCUCCUACGCGAGGGAUGAAUUUGGGGGAGUGACUGCAGAGGCGAAGGCAGCUGUGUAAUCCAUGUGAGAUGGUGCAGACCAGGGUCUCAGCGUGGCCUGUGGGGUCGGGAGGACUUGGGUUCUAAUUCUGCCUCAGCUGCUUACUUCUUAUGAAACCCUGGGCAAGUCACUAAAAUUCCCCGAGCCUCAGUGUCCUCUCCAAAAUGAGGCUAAGACUACCUGCAGAGAGUUGUUGCGAGAGUAAUCUUGGUCUCCCCAUGGAGUCACUGCAGAGUACUUAGCACGGCGCCUGACUCAGUUCACACUCCAUAAAUGGUAGUUACCCUGUUGUUAUCCGCAGGCACGGAGAGCAGGGGACAGGUUCGAGAGAAUUAGGAGACAGAGUUAGCAGGUUUUGGCCGUCAGCUUGACAUGGCCUUCUGGUCCUAAACUUCUCAUCCUGGCCUCGUGCCUGGGCUGGUGGCAGAGGGAAGGAGGGAGAGGCAACCAGCUAGCUGCCUUCAUUCUGGGGCCCAGCCCCCACCUCUGGGCUACCCUUCCCAGAACCACACUGUCGGCGGGUGAGUGUGCCCAUGUGUGUGUUUAGGGAAGGGAGCUCCAGAGAAAACAAAUCCCAUUCCUCGGUCCUGUCACUCUGGGAGCUCAGCUUUGUGCUCACUUCCUCCUGAUGGAGUCAAUGACUGUGGACUGGAGGAACCAGUUAUCUUUUGGGAAAGGAGUCAGGAGGUCUGAAUAUUUAAGUCUUGGGUCAACCACGAAUUAUUCAUGAGCCCUGAGAACCACUGUCUGUCUCCAGGAAUCCAUUCCCCCGCCUAUAAAAUGUGGUUGCAUAGACAGUGCCAGUCUUUCCAGUUCUGAGUUCUGACAUGCUUCAGCAGUCACAGCAAUCCAUGCCUUGUCCUGGAUGGAGGAAGACCUGCAGAGGGGCUGGGGCCCACAUACCUCCCCACUUUGCAUAAUACUCUGUGGCCCUUUGCAUGACCCCACCCACUCCCAAUAGCCCUUCCCCAUUGGGUCCAGUCCACCCCUCAGCUGGGGAGUGCUCUGUGGGCAGCAUGAACCCACCAUGGACCCCCUAACACCUCUUCCUUGUCUCUUUCAUCUCCAGUCUCCUGCCGGUGGAGCAGGAAUAAACUUUCCUGGCUAAGUUAGAUGGAUGGUCCCCAUUAGCCUGGCAGGCUGCUCCCUCUUGCCUCCCUGCCGACUCCCCUUGUCAAGGAAGGUGCCUCUGUGUGUGAGGGAGGCUGGGGGACAAGAGCAUUUGGGUGGGGGCUGGGGGUGCCCUGCCCCUCGAGCAGGAAUGGUGCCCCCAGGGAAGAAACCAGCUGGAGAGGCUUCCAACUCCAACAAGAAGUGCAAGCGUUACUUCAACGAGCACUGGAAAGAGGAGUUUACCUGGCUGGACUUUGACUACGAGCGGAAGCUGAUGUUUUGCCUCGAGUGCCGCCAGGCCCUGGUGCGGAACAAGCACGGCAAAGCUGAGAAUGCCUUCACCGUGGGCACCGACAACUUCCAGCGCCACGCCCUGCUGCGCCAUGUGACCUCGGGGGCCCACCGCCAGGCUCUGGCCAUCAACCGGGGCCAGCCCACUUUUGAGGGCCAGGCUGAGGGAGCAGGGGCCUACCCAGGCCUGGCGACCACCCUCACCUCCAGGGGCGUCAAGGUGGAGGUGGACCCAGCCAAAGUGGCUGUGCUGACCACGGUGUACUGCAUGGCCAAGGAGGACAUGCCUGACGACCGCUGCUCGGCCCUGCUCGAGCUGCAGAGGUUCAACCUGUGCCAGGCGCUGCUGGGCACGGAGCAUGGCGAUUACUAUAGCCCCAGGAGGGUGAAGGACAUGCAGGUGGCCAUUGCCAGUGUCUUGCACACAGAGGCCUGCCAGCGCCUGAAGGCAUCCCCGUAUGUGGGGCUGGUGUUGGACGAGACCAGGGACUGGCCUGAGUCCCACAGUCUGGCCUUGUUUGCCUCUUCAGUGUCCCCCUGUGAUGGCCAGCCUGCCACCACCUUCCUGGGCAGUGUGGAGCUACAGGAGGGCGAGCCCACCGCUGGCCAACUCCUGGACAUCCUGCAGGCCUUUGGCGUGUCUGCACCCAAGCUGGCCUGGCUCAGCUCAAGCCUCCCCAGUGACCGCCUGGGGAGUGUGGGCCCGCAGCUCCAGGCUGCCUGCCCGUUGCUCACUGAGCUACACUGCCUCCCCAGCCGGACAGAUCCCCAGCCCCCUGCCUACCUCGGUGAAUAUGAAAGUGUCCUGGAUGCCCUGUUCCGCCUCCACGGUGGCCCCAGUUCCCACAUGGUCCCUGAGCUCCGGACAGCACUGGACCUUGCAGCAAUUGACCUGGCAGGACCGCGGCCAGUGCCCUGGGCCUCCCUGCUGCCUGUCGUGGAAGCAGUGGCUGAGGCUUGGCCUUGCCUGGUGUCCGCACUGGAGGCCUCUGCCCCCGUCUCGCCUACAGCUAGGGCACUGGCCCUUGCCCUGCGCCAGUUCACCUUUGUGGCCUUCACUCACCUGUUGCUGGACGCUCUGCCCUCCGUGCAGAAGCUCGCCCUUGUCCUGCAGUCGGAGGAGCCGGACUUGGCCUUGCUGCAGCCCCUGGUGAUGGCAGCUGCAGUCUCCCUCCAAGCGCAGCGUGGCUCGGGUGGGGCGCGCCUCCAAGGCUUCCUGCGGGAAUUGGCGUCCUCCAGCCCCGACUCGGGCGGUGGGCGCUGUACCUACCGCGGCGUGGAGCUGGUCGGCUACUCUGAGGCUGCGGUCCGGUGCUUGGAGCGGCUGCGGGGGGCCUUCCUGGACUCCAUGCGGCGGGGGCUGCGGGACUCCUACCCCGGACCCUCGCUGGACGUCGUGGCCGCCUUCGCGGCGAUCUUCGACCCCCGCCGCUACCCGCAGGCCCCCGCGGAGCUGGGCGCGCACGGCGAGGGGCCGCUGCGUGUGCUGCUGCGCGCUUUCGCCCCCGCAGUGGUGCGCCAGCGGGCGCUGGGCGACUUCGCGCUCUUCAAGCGCGUGGUGUGCAGCCUCGGGCGGCUCGGCCCCCGGGCCCUGUGCGCCAAGCUGGUGUGCGCGCACUCUGAGCUGCACGAGCUCUUCCCCGACUUCGCCGCCCUCGCCGCCCUGGCCUUGGCGCUGCCCGCGGGCGCCGGCCUCCUGGACAAGGUCGGCCGCAGCCGGGAGCUGCUGUGGUGGGGCCAGGGCGGGGCCGGGGAGGGCCGGGGCGCCCCCGCGGUCAAGAUCGCCGUGGAUGGGCCCCCGCUGCACGAGUUUGACUUUGCGCUGGCCGCGGAGUUCUUAGAGAGUGGGUGGGGGGAGGGGCUCCUGGGGUCGAGGCUCACGUGAGGGCGGCCUCCUUCCUUCGAUCCAGCCGCCUGGGAUGCUGGGCACUCUCGGGGCCAAGCUGAACCUGACCGUGCUGCGCUCAAACUGACCUGCCAACUGUGGCCUCCCACCCACCAUCCCCGUGCUUCCUCUGCUCCACGCUGAGUACUAACAGCCGCACGGGCUGUGGAGGAGGGGCUGGGUCAAGUGGGGCCUGGGCGAGUGGGCAGAGAUGCUAGGGUCUGGGACACCCUAAAUAUCACUCCUGUCCUUUCCAGAGUUUGGUGAGGAGUAGCUCACCCUUUCUCUCUGGACUCAGCCCAAGUUUUUGCCCUAGAAAAGUUGGGAGGUCCUGGCUGGAGGGAGGAAGACUGAGUCUCAGGAAUUGAGGGAUUGAGGGAAAAGAGAAUGGGUCCUUGACUGUUUCUUAGCUGCCUCCUGGCAACAUGUCUUCUCUUCAGAUAUGACUGCAGAGCAAAUCACCAUCCUUGUUUUUGACACAGCACAGCACCCUCUCUGUGCACAGGCUUACAGUUCAAAGGAGGUAUUGGUGCCUUCCCUCCCCUCCCCACCAAUAGGCUGCUUGAGGCUUUUCUGUAUAUAACCAUGUAUAUAGACAUAAAUCUAUAAAUGUGAAAUAAAUCUAUCCUAUCUUUCAUAGUGUUAACACGCAAAUCCAAAAGGACUUCUUUUAGAAGGUUUUGCAAUGACAGGGUCCAAAAAAGUCCCCAAUGGACUGGAUCUAUUUCUAGUUUUUUUCUUCCUUGAAGUCUGGUUGUUCCCCAGGUGCCUAGCCCUCCCCUGCCCUCAUCUCAGACCUUUAAGACCAAAGAUUGGAAAACCACAGUGCUGUAGCGGCGACCCGAGGACCGGCCUCAGGCCUGACCCUGGGAUGUUGGAGGGCUUUUUGCCUCCUGGGGGAAGCAGCUGGGACCUCAUCAGAGCUGGGGGACAUAGCCCUUCAGAUUCCAAUGGGUUUCCCGUCCCCUCUGUCAGCCCUCACUGUGAAUGGUGUGGGAGUCUGGAGGGGGAUAGUUAGUGAGAGAGGAGGGGGCUGGCCUUUCCCCAGACCUCCUGGGUUUGGGUUUAAUUUACAAUAAAGUGGAAGGAAACCCAGUGCA